AUAACCUCAAUUUUCAUCGUUUGUUUUGUUCUUAUUUCCUUCCGUAUUAACAUUCUUAACGUAUACAUUUGGAUACAAGUGCAUAACACAGCCAGAAACAGUGAUCGUUUCGUCGCUGCUAAUUCAACUUGAGGGUUACCGGUGGUGAAGUGAAGCGUCGGCGCGAUGUUCAACAACCUGGGCGCGGCGGCGGGCAACCCCAACAAGGACCUGGAGGUGUCGUCGCCGCCGGACGACACGGUCUCCGCGCUCGAGUUCUCGCCGCCCUCCGUGCCGCAGAACUUCCUCGUCGCCGGCAGCUGGGACUGCAAGGUACGGUGUUGGGAGGUGGAGCAGUCGGGCAAGACCGUGCCCAAGGCCGCACAGUCCAUGGAUGGACCCAUCCUCGAUGUCGCCUGGCAUGAUGAUGGCACAAAGGUGUUCAUGGCGUCGACGGACAAGAGCGUGAAGUGCUGGGACCUGGGCAGCAACCAGCUGGCGCAGGUGGCGGCGCACGACGCGCCCGUCAAGACCUGCCACUGGGUGAAGGCGCCCAACUACACCUGCCUCAUGACCGCCUCCUGGGACAAGACACUCAAGUUCUGGGACACGCGCAGCGCGGCGCCGAUCCUCGCCAUGAACCUGUCUGAGCGCUGCUACUGCGCCGACGUGGAGUACCCGCUAGCAGUAGUGGGCACGGCGGACCGCGGCGUGGCGCUGUACUCGCUGGAGAACACGCCCGCCGAGUUCAAGCGCAUCGAGAGCCCCCUGAAGCACCAGCACCGCACCGUCGCCGUCUUCAGAGACAGGAAGACGAAGCAGCCGGCGGGGUUCGCGCUGGGCUCGGUGGAGGGGCGCGUGGCCAUCCAGUACGUGGCGCCCACCAACCCCAAGGACAACUUCACCUUCAAGUGCCACCGCUCCGCCACCACCACCGGCGGGUACCAGGACAUCUACGCGGUGAACGACAUCGCGUUCCACCCGGCGCACGGCACGCUGGCCACGGCGGGCUCGGACGGCACGUUCUCGUUCUGGGACAAGGACGCGCGGACCAAGCUCAAGAGCAGCGAGGCGCUGGACCAGCCGCUCACGCGCGUCGCCUUCAACCACAGCGGACAGAUCUUCGCCUACGCCGUCGGAUACGACUGGUCCAAGGGCCACGAGCACUACAACCCGCAGAAGAAGCCGUGCCUGUACCUGCGGCCGUGCUACGACGACCUCAAGCCGCGCUCCGGCCAGUAGCUGCACUUCCACGCCGUGGCCUAGGGCGUCCCACGCCCCUAGGGCGCCCCACGCCCGCGCCGCGGCCGGCCCCUGCGCAGUACCGCCUCCACGGUACCUACUGGAGGCAAAUAAGGAACUUUUGUAUUUCCAUAAAAUGUGUAAUGAGAUGUGCCCAAGAUGGGACGUCGUGAAUUGAGCCGUGAGGCUGCGAAUGUGUAUAAUAAGUGUGUAAAUAGUCAAGUGUUUGCUCGGCGAAUUUUUUUGUUACUAAGUGUAAAAUUUGUAUUGAAUGAGUCAAUAAAGUUUUUAAAUACUU